AUGUCGCGUGUACACAUGCUGAAAUAUUUGUAUAGUGUCAGCUCAAUCAUACGUGGCUACAUCCAUAUAUCGAUCAUUUCCAUAGGGGGUCAGUAGUGGAGUAACGUUCCACCUGUCAGUCGGACACAUAGUAGUUCCUACUACUUCCAGACGUGAUACAUUCAGUAGUUCAUAUCUCUUAGGUGAAGUACGUUCCUACAUGGCUAUGUUCUCGUCGACAUUCCUCGAGUAAGGCAAAAGGAAUAUUUAAAUUGAAUUAAUUAUCAUUAUGAAGCACCAACAAGUAACCGUAGACAUGACGAACAUGGUGUUUACCGCUUGCUCCUAUUUGGCACUCGCUGGAGCGGUUUGGAUAUUUUUGCGGCUGAUCCAGGCCUGUUUUUGGCUACCGAAACAUUUGAAAAGGCAAAAUGAUGUUCAAAGAAUGUUGCAAGAUAAGGUGGACAGUUAUGAGAAAUAUGUGUUAGAAUGCGAGGAGAAGGAAAGGACAGAAAUGUUGGAUCAGAUUGAUGAUGAGAAGAAGAGUCUCGAGAUGUCGGAGAAAUGGAAGGAACGAAGGGAAUGCCUCGACAUGCUUAAACGAGAAUUAGAAAGAGUUCGCGAAGGUAAAGACAUGUCAGAUUGGGACGCCUUGCUGGACGAGGAAUUGAAGAAGCACGAACUGGAGUCGAAACUUCUGGAGGAGGAAGAAGAAAAAGAAGACUCUAAGAACGACGCUAGUAAAGAGAAAAGCGACAGUGAGAAAGAAACAAAGAAAGUCGAGAUCGAUACCGAACUAAAGAAGAAGAAGUAAUGACUGUAUGUGUUUUGAAAGUGCCUUACCGAGACUUUACGAUAGUUGUUUCUUAUGAAGGAACAAUUGCGUGAAAACAAAAAUCUCCCCCCAAGCAAAUAAAUUUUCGAAAUAUUCCGUACUAAAUGCUCAUGUAUGGCGUAUAAUAAUCAAAUAGUCACAAAAUGCUUAGUAAAAUCGGAAUU